AUCGACUCCUAAUCCAUCAGUCGUUCUUCACUGCAGUGAUCAAAACAUACCCAACUAAAUAGCGGCAGGUCGUAACUCAGCCUGUCGUUGUACUGAGCUCGCACCAGUGGCGCUCUCUACCCACCGAACUUUGUGAUCUGCGUUGCGCUCUUGAAGCCAACAAGGCUACCGCUUGCAGUUCACUCCUUGGGCACUGUGCUUGCUACUGAUUGUCAGUCUUCUUCUUCGUUAGAAAUCCGAAGCCGAUAUCCUUUAGACUCGACUUUAAUUUUGCGUACCUCUGCGCUGAUACAUAUACUUUCACCACCAUGGUUUACUCCUUGACUUAUACUCGGCCACCAUAUGUACCACCUCCUUCAAGAGAUUCACUAGUGUCGCCUGAGAAGCCUGGUUCUCUCAAAGACUCUAUCCACUCUGGCACCUCUCACUCUAGCCGUGGUAUUCCAGAUGCGUUAUCCUUUGACCGCAUCAUCUCUGGAGGCACGUGUCCUGUGAGUAAUUGCGAUGAGCAAAAUCAUGCUAGUCAUGAACUAAACAUGGAUCAGCCUGUCACUAUUCGGGACUUCAUGGAUUUCUUGAAGUACAUUGAACGCUCUGCCGAGAAUCUUCAAUUCUUCCUUUGGUUCAAAGACUAUGAGAAGCGCUUCAGUAGCCUUCCAGAUAGCGAACGUGUUCUGUCCCCAGAGUGGACACAAGAACAGGCGGAAGCAGAAGCAGCGACCUAUCGUGCCCAGCUCAAGGAUAAGUCCUUAGCUGCUGAAGCUCAGGAUAUCAUGAAGAAGCAGAAACUUGUUGGCUCUGAGGCAGGAAAUGAGAAGUCAAGCCCCGUCUUCGACAGCGACGGCGACAAAUCAUCAAUUGAAAGUGGGUCCACCAAAGGACUUACCAGUGCAAUUCAGUCAUCUCGAAGUCAAUACUCCGAGACCGCCAAGCAAGCAUUCGAGGACGCCGGAGCGAGGUACCAGCCUUUCACGAUCCAACCAUAUCGUGAGGAAAUGUCGCGUAUUAUCACGAUCUAUAUUGCCGAAAACGCUCCGCGUCAACUCAAUUUAUCUUCACGCGAACGGACUGCUCUAUUGCACGCACUCGAGGUCACCACGCAUCCUUCGGCAUUUCGCAAUGUCCUCAAAACGGUGGAAUGGACUCUUCGUCGGCAGGCACAUCCCAAUUUCAUUCGCUGGUCCAUUUGUAAUGGCAACAGACCCCGUGUCUUUUUCGCACGUUUCUUGGGUGUCGCUGGAAUCGCCGGCGGUAUCCUCACUGGGCUCUUAAUCACUCUCAGUACGGCGAGUCGUGCCUGGCGUGUCAUGGCCAUGAUUCCUUUCAUGUUUGGUAUUUCUACGCUGAUUGCUGCAUGGAAAGGCAUGUGUGUUGUCUUACACGGCUUGCACCAUCGACACAUGCGACCCUGGGAGAUGUUUGAGAACGAUGACUAUCCUCGAUACUCUGAAGAAGAGCUCAAGAAAGUUUCAUUUGAGACUUUCAGCUCUAGUCAAACACAUAGCUAUGAAGACGAGCCCUGGGUGGCCAAAUACAAGAAGCGCAACAUCAUUAGAAAGAUCUUCGACCGCGAGGUUUGGGUUGAGGAGCCAGCUUUGCGACAGAUCCAGGACACAAUCUUCCUGCAGGCUAUACUUGGUGCACUUGUUUGCUCCGCCAUCCUCACAGGCAUUUUUUGUGCUGUCCCGAAUGGUAACUUCUUCUAGAUAUAUUCUUCCCGGUUGAUUUGCUCGGCCUUCUCUCCACCACAGUUGCAGAUACAGAGACAAAGCUUGUUGUUUGAGGACUUGAAUGCGCGUGAUAUUUGAAAUAUACCCUUCCUUUACGUUUGUUUCGGGCGUAUCGCGAUAUUGAAUGCACGGUAUUGGGCCAGUUUUCUAUUGUUGAUCAACCCAUCCACUAGUACAGUAAAGAAAUGCUAUCCGUUAUUCAUAGCUAAGGAACAUCUGAGGGCUUUUGCAAAGAUUGAAACAUUAAGAUUGAAGAGUCAAGACAAUGACUGGAUUCGCUGAUGCUGAUGCUGAUGCUGAUGCUGCGGUAAUAGCGACAAGAUGCAGCGUAAUGCUGUUGCACUCUUCGAAAGCCGCGUGGAGCAUUCUCAGGUCGGACAGGACGCUUGAUCCAUAGGCUUAGAAUCUUCAUGUCCAUAUUAGUAUUGGAAG